UCUGAAAUUUUAAAUCCGCCAAUAGGAUUUCUUUUUCCCGUAAAACACUAAGGCCAUCUAUCCGCAUCAUCAGUAAAACCUAAUUCAGUGAGGGCUCGAUUUGGCUAUAUCAGUUCGGGAUGCCUGGAUGAGACUUAAUUGUGAAUAUUUUUGUCAUUUUGUGACAUACAUAACCCCACUUUUUGCAAUGUUGUGUGUUACAAUGAGUAUUGUAAAAAACGCUCUGAAGAGUCAAAUAGUAGUGUCACAAGUUAAAUUUUACUCCAGAUGGAGUCACCGAAGGCCCUUGAAAGUCUAUUCACCAGAAGAAUACGAGGAAAUGGAAAAAAAAGCUCAAGAUGGAAAUGACGAAUCUUCAAUUUUUGAUAAGUACGGAGGUCUUAAAACCAGUUGGGAGAGGGCAAAGAUUGAAAAAGACACUAAUAAGCCCGUGGAUUAUCAAAUCAAGUCCAAAAAAGACAAAAAACCGCUAGUUGCCACGAAGCAAAAGAGUGAGGUUAAGUCAACUUUUGAUAUGCUUGAGACAGUUAUAGACAAUGAGGGGAAUUUUAUUUACACAAAAAUGAAAGAUAAUGAUAGGCGGAUUAGUUCAAUUUUGGUGGAUGUUAAGUCAAAGAAAGAACAGGAUAAAAAAGAUUUGAUACUUUUGGAGGGCAAGAGGCUUAUAAGAGACGCACUCCAAUCGGGCUGCGCCCUCAAAUACAUUUUAUUCAGCCGUAAAGACGAAAUAGAAUACUUGAAACCGUUUUUACCUAAAGUGGGGGCCCAGUUGUACAAAAUGCCCUACAAAGAGAUGCAAAUGUGGUCGGACCUCACCACCAACCCGGGCAUUAUGGGACUGUUUAAAACACCCCCAGUCGAAGCUUUUGAGCCCGUGAACCCUCUUCCAAUUACCGUAAUCUGCGAUAACAUUCGCGAACCAGGCAAUUUAGGCACAAUUUUGCGAAUUUGUGCGGCUGUGGGCUGUGCUAGGGUUAUUUUGACCAAAGGUUGUGUUAACUUGUGGGACACUAAAGUGUUGAGGGGCGCAGUGGGAGCACAUUUUAAGCUAAAAAUUGAGAAAAAAGAGUGGGAUGAGAUCGGAGAUGAGGUGGAUCCUGAUGCGAAAUUUUUUAUUGCCGAUAAUCGUAUCGUAAGUAGUGAAGACACUGGAGGCGAUUUGGGCGAACUUUUGGGUAAAAUUCCCAUUGUGCCGUAUUUUGGGGUCGAUUUUCGGACGAGCAACCACUUGGUUGUGGUAGUGGGGGGCGAAACGCUCGGUGUUAGUAAAAAUUCCUACGAAUUGGCGCUCAGAAGUAACGGCGCCAGGCUUAAUAUUCCCCUAAGUAAUGAUGUAGAUAGUUUGAACGUGGGUGCGGCUUUGGGGAUUAUCGCCUUCGAAAUAAAGAAACAACUGUUGCAAAUAAAUCAAUAAAUUUAUUUAUAAGCA